ACUCCAAAGGUAGUAAGAUGCAGAAAUUGGACACACUUGCAGGACUGAAACAAGUGUACGUAGUUUGGAAGAUCUUGUGUGUGAUGCCGUGGUGCAAUUACAAAAAGUGCUCCAAAAUUUGGCUAAGCCUAAUAUUUUUCUUCAAUAUAACCUAUACAUUGGGGCUGCUAGUGGAUGUCAUCUUAUGUGAGAGUUUGGAGCAAGGAUUGUAUAACAGCCCAUUCUACUUUGGAUGCCCGGUGGACUCUGCGAAAUACUUCAUUAUCUAUUUCAUGCGUCAUGAGCUGUGGAAACUAAAGGAUUUGUUCAGUCUGCUAGACGAGCAUAUCACUUUGGAGGAGGAUAAAGCGUUAAUGAGAAGUGCAAUAAAGAAGGUGCAAUGGAUAAUCACGGCUUAUCAAAUUCUCAUAUGGCUUCUUGUGUACAGCAGGAUAAUUGCUUUUUUGCAAACUCGUGGGGAAAUUUUCAUAAUUCCAGUGGAGUUUCCAUUCGGAGGGAUCAUAAAUGUAUCUGUCUUUAAACUAAUUGUCGUACAUUUUUUGGGAUUUCAGAAUGUUACUAGCGACAUAUAUGCUCCUUGCUUUUUCAUUUUGUUGAAUGGGCAUAUGAAAAUAUUAACCCGUCGUCUAUCCAAAAUUUCGGGAAAGAAGAAAAGCCAUCAGUUUAACUUGGAUCUUAAAGCUUGUAUUGAAAAUCAUGUUAUAAUUCUCAGAAUUUACAACACUCUUAAGGCGGUUAUAUCAAAAACAUUCUUCAUACAAAUUGUGAUAAGUAGCGUCUCAAUAUGUGUUGAUAUUCUGUCGAUAGCAACUAUGAGCUUAACGAAUGGGGAGACAGUGUUUUUGAUUACAUAUUCAUGUAUACUUUUUACUGAGAUACUACCGAUAUGUUACUAUGCAGAUCAGUUUUUAAGUUUGAGCGAAGCGUUUGCAGACACGGCCUAUGCAACUGGUUGGGUUGACCAAGAUCGGAACUUUCGCAUUGCUAUACUCUUCAUGAUACAAAAAUCACAGAACCCGGAAUUCAUUCUUGCCGGAGGCAUAGUUCAAAUAUGUCUACCGACAUUCUUAUUUGUUGUACGGCUUGCUUACUCGACUUCAGCUAUUCUUGUCAACGUAUUGUAUCAAGAUAUAUAAAGAGUGCUAUCUCACCUUGAAUUUGGACAGAAACAAACACAACACUAUCUAGGAUCAAGAUUCCUUGCACCUAGAGUUCUUAGAAACUGAAAAAAUAACACCAAUUUAAGUAUAUGUGCAUAGUGGACUGUACUCUAUAAUUGCUUCUCUAAAUAAAAGGUUAUU